AUGUCGGCCUCUUCGUCGUUUCCCCCAGACGUGAGCGCUCCAUUAACGGCAGACAAUCCUAAUAACCACAGUGGGUUGAUCGUAAUACUUGCUUCUUUCUAUAUUGUCUUGGUGAUUACUGCGCUCGCUGCGCGCACCUAUGCUUCCUUCCAGAGACGGAUCAUACAGCAGGAUGAUCUGCUGUUCGGUGUGCUAGUGGUAGUCGCGAUUCUACAGGCAGCGGUGGUAUUGCUCCAAGUUCAUUAUGGCUGGGGAAUCCGAGUAGAGCCCGGGAACGCAGUAGACGACCGAAUGCUCAAGGCCGGAUAUGCAGCCGAAAUUAUCUCGAUUCUCGUUCUAGGCCUCUCCAAGGUUUCGACCUGCCUCUUCUAUGAAGCGCUUUUUUCGCAAACACAGCGCUAUAUGGCGCGAAUCAUACUGAUCGCUGUGAUCAUAUGGAUGAUCAUGUCUACCCUACUAUUGGCGGUGCGCUGCACACCAAGUCCGUGGGCUGAUAUCAGUGAAGCUCAAUGUAGCAGUUUGGUACGUUCCCACGUUGGCAGGCCAUUACAGCGCUUGACAUCGUCACUGAGGUUUUCCUAUUCCUGUACUCAGCAAUGGCAGUGCACAAAGUCAAGAUAUCGAUGCGCAAGAAACUCAUGGUCUUCCUCGCCCUCGAAAGCCGAGUAUUGUAAGUCGGAAGUCUGCAUGUAUACAAAACCUCCGCAUCGAUUAACACUAUUCUUUGGAAACAGACUCAUCCCCCUUGCCGGUCUCCGCCUCCACUUUAUACACUCGCAGAUCGUUUCCGCCUCACCCAUUCUCAUCGGCGCCUUCGCAACCGUGACUACAGAAAUGUAUCUGGCAACAAGCGUACUCUGUCUCGUUAGCGCGUUUCUCAAAUCUUUCAUCGCAGCCUACGAAGACAGUAACGGCAUCUCAUACACAGAUGGAAUGUCAGGGUCGAACUCCAAAUCACGAAAGGGAACAUUGAAUACGUUCACGCCAAAGACUCGCUCCCGGUCUCGGUUCUCUGCCACGGUUGAUCGAUUGCGCGGCUGGGAACGGGAGGAGGAUCCCAUCAUGGGGCCCACUGAUGCUUCAGGUGGAUUGCAGAUUUAUAGAACCGUGCAAGUCGAUGUGAGUGAUGAGCCCAUUGAGUUGACGGAAGCUGGAAGGGCUACAGUAUAG